AUGUCCUCUCUUCUUUGGCUUUUGACCACCCUGGUGCGCUGGGUGCGCCUGAAGAUUUACCAGUAUGAGGUGACUUUUGCCAUCUACAUGCUGACCCCGGCCGAGAAAUUCAUUUUCAAUUCCCUUCUUCUCACAUUGGUCACUAUGAUCGCCACCGGUAUCUACAUCUAUCUCCCCGACCAUUUGCGAGCCAUCUAUGGUCACCUCUAUUAUUACUGGGUGGGCGAGAGACCCUUCAUUGCAACUCGUCUUUCGACAUCGGCCGGGUCAGCACUGGCAGACGUUGCCACACAGAGCCUCGACAUUGUCUUCGAGACGGCCAAGACUGCCGUUGCGGCCUCGACAACGGAGGCCCUCGGCGAGUUGUGA